CACGUGAUAACAUACAAACACUCAAACUCAACAGAGGAGGGAUACUGGCUUCACUGCUCAUUUAUCAUCCAACACAAACUGUUAUUUCUUCGGUCUUGUGAAAGUACGGGCAAGAAAGGAGGAGUUCAUGGGUAUCAAUCUGACAUUUUGAACAGAAUUAGUUUCGUAGAACUGCCGAAAAUUACCGAAAACAAUGGUGCGUGCUGUUUUCGCAGCAUUACUGUGUGUGCUUCUGAACGUAUGCAGUGCUCUGAUUUGUCCUGAUGGGGGAAUGUGUGAAGAUGGAAACACCUGCUGCCAAACACCGUCAGGAGGGUACGGCUGCUGCCCUCUUCCUAACGCAGAAUGCUGUUCGGAUCACUUGCAUUGCUGUUAUGAAGGCACUCUGUGCGACUUGGAACAUUCUAAGUGUGUGAACAAAACGCAUGUUUUAGACUGGGUGGUAAGAGUCGCCACAAAGCAGCAAGCCGUGUUUUGUCCGGAUCAAGUGUCUGAGUGUCCUGACGACACCACCUGCUGUCAGAUGCCUGAUGGGAGCUGGGGCUGCUGUCCUAUGAAGAAUGCUGUUUGUUGUGAAGAUAAACGACACUGCUGUCCUGAGGGAACAACCUGUGACCUCGAACAUUCAAUGUGUUUGUCUGACACCUAUGGCCCCUCCCCUCUCUGGAGGAAGUUUGCCGCCCGACGUAGGAUGCCGUCAGAGAAAAAAGCAGUUGUAAGCGCAAAGGAGCUGCCAACAGAGCCCAGCGGCAGUAGCAAUGGUAUCUGUCCAGAUCAGGUUUCCACAUGUCCAGAUGACACAACAUGCUGUCAGCUGGUCAGCGGAAGCUAUGGAUGCUGCCCAAUGCCAAAGGCUGUAUGCUGUUCUGAUCAUUUGCAUUGCUGCCCAGAGGCUACAACUUGUGACCUCAUCCACAGCACCUGUGUGUCGGCCAAUGGUGUCACAUCAAUGGCCAAAAAGAUUCCAGCCCUCUCUUCCGUCAAGCCCAGAGAAAAUAUUGUUCCCUGUAAUGAAACUGUAGCAUGUGAAAGUGGUACCACUUGCUGUAAGACAGAAGGCGGCACCUGGGCAUGCUGCCCCCUACUGGAGGCCGUGUGUUGUGAGGAUCAUGCCCACUGCUGUCCUCAUGGCACUGUGUGUAACCUCAUUACGGCCACUUGCGAUGACCCAGCUGACCUUUUGAUGUCUGUACCCUGGGUAAAGAAGGUGUCCACUUUUCCAAUGGCUCCAGAAUCACCCAAUCAUAAAUGUGACGAGACGAUGUCAUGUCCCGAUGAUUCUACAUGCUGCAAACUAUUGACUGGAGGCUGGGGGUGCUGCCCACUGCCAGAAGCAAUUUGUUGUGAAGACCAUAUCCACUGUUGCCCCCAUGAUACUGUGUGUAAUCUGGCUGCCAGUUCCUGCGACAGUGCCAGUGAUCAGGGUCCCCGUUUUUCUGUGCCUUUGGUGAGAAAGAUUGCUGCAGUGACCCUGCCAUCACAGAAUCAAAGCUGCGAUGACACAUCACUCUGUCCAACAGGGACAACCUGUUGCAAACUAAACGCAGGAGCAUGGGGAUGCUGCCCUCUGCCACAGGCUGUGUGCUGUGGUGAUCAGGUGCACUGCUGUCCACAGACCUACAAGUGUGACUUGACUCACAAAACCUGUGUUCAUCCUGGCCUUACCAGCAUACCCUGGUUGAAGAAGCAGCCUGCACUGAGCGUGACGCAUCGGUCUGAACCUAAUGCUGUUGCAGCACUGGCGGGAAAGGGGCACAGGCAUAUGUGUGAUGAUCAUACCAGCUGUCCCAGAGACGAUACCUGCUGCUUUAUGAACAAACUCGGCAAGUGGGGCUGCUGUCCUUUGCCAAAGGCGGUGUGCUGCAAGAAAGACGAUCUCUGUUGUCCGAGUGGUUACACGUGUAAUGAGGAGAAAACGUCAUGCUCUAAAGACUACCAUGAGAUCCCCAUGUACAGGAAACAGGAGGCAAGGGUAACUGAGAGGUCAGAGGUGUUGUCUGGUGUUGAAGAUGUGAAGUGUGAUUCUACGACCAGUUGUGCGUCUGGAUCUACCUGCUGUAAAUUACCCACCGGGGAGUGGGGAUGUUGCCCUCUUGUUAAGGCUGUGUGUUGUUAUGAUCAUACGCACUGCUGUCCACAGGGCUACACCUGCAACCUAGAGUUUGGAACCUGCAUUAAACCCUCAGAUGUGCACAUUGUCGCUCUGACACAAAACCAUAGACACUCGAACACACAGCCAGAAGAGGAGGUGAUGUGUGAUGCGUCAUCACGCUGCUCGAACACACAGACCUGCUGUAGACUGUCAGACUCCACGUGGGCCUGUUGUCCAUAUAAAGAGGCUGUAUGCUGCAACGAUAUGAAACACUGUUGCCCUGUGGGAUACAAAUGUGACCCAAAAGUGAAAGGUUGCACUAAAGUAUCCUCACUCACUUGGUGGGACAAUUCUCUUUAAGUGAAACUGAAAACACACAUAUAUGUCCACCCACCACUGACUGACAAAUACAUACAUGCAGUACUUUACACACAAACCCAACAAUACAUGUUUCAUACAAUAUUGUCUUUUAAGAUGCCCGCUAUGUAAUAAGGGAGCGAUGCAUCUAGUUUUUAAAAACAUUUAGCUUUUUUUCCUGGAGUAAAAUUGUAUAGAACCUUAUUUUAAAGCAGAAGAAACUGGAAAACUGUUUGUUUAAAGCCUCUGAUUGUAACCGAUUAAAUUAAUAAUUAACUUUAAAGAUCAGCCAACACUGAGUUCUGCAAGUUUCCCAGUUGCUUAAGAAAUUCAGAGUACAGAAUAAUUUAAAGCAGAAUUCAAGAAUGCAAGACACUGAACUGAGAGCAGAACUAGAAUGGAUUAUUUGAGGCUGAAACAUUCUCAGAAAUCCCCAACAAUAGUUGUAUAGAUUUUUUAGACAAUGUAACUAAAUACUGCAACUGAAAACUGCAAUCCGAAGCUUUUUAGGCUGAUAGGAUUUAACAUCUGAUUCGGAAAGAUUUGGUUCCAAAAUUAUAACUGCGACUGCAUUUGAGCCGUGACAAGAGGUGGACAAACAUUUCAAUCCUGUCAUUUCUGGUUAAAGCCUCUGUUAAAUUUCACAUGUUUUAAUGAAAUAAAAUGACCUGCUUUUCAAUUAGCAUGUUUCUAUAGGAUUAGUGAAGUCAGAAGCACUCAAAUGCAUUUUGAAAGAUUUAUCAAUUUCUGAAAUAUUAUUUAAGGUGAAAUGCAAGUGUCAUUCUGAAUAUUCACUACCACUGCUUACUUUGCUUUUGUGUUUUUUUUUUGUGUCUGAUUUGUAUUUUUACAUUUAUCAAAGGAUAAAGUAAAUCUGAAUGUUGACCUGUGAUACAAUGAGGUCAUAUUGAUCGUCUUUUUUAUUUUUUAUUCUUAGUUGUUGAAGUGGAUUUAUUUGUUUUGGGGUUAAUAAUUUUACCAGAAAAAACAAU